AUGAAAGUGUUACUCAGGCUUUGUUUCAUAGCUGUACUGAUUUCUUCUCUGGAAGCCGAUACUUGUGAGGAACGUGAAGAAAAAGUAGUUUUAGUUUCAUCUGCGUAUGAAAUUGAUGUUCGUUCAUGUCUUCUUAACCCGAACGAAAAGAAAGGCACUAUAAUUUGGUAUAAAAAUGACAGCAAGACACCUAUAUCUAUGGAAGUAGACUCCAGGAUUCAUCAGCACAAAGAUAAACUUUGGUUUGUUCCCGCUAAGGUAGAGGAUUCGGGACAUUACUAUUGUGCAGUAAGAAAUUCAACUUACUGCCUCAAAAUUAAAAUAGCUAUUAAGUUUGUGCAGCAUGAACCUAACUUGUGUUACAAUGCAGAAGCUAUAUUUACACAGAAACUACCCAUUGCAAGAGAUGGACAACUUGUGUGUCCUUAUUUGGAUUUUUUUAGAGACGAAAAGCAUGAGUUACCCAAAAUACAGUGGCAUAAGGAUUGCAAACCUCUGCUACUUGACAAUGUGAACUUUACUGGACUGACAAAUAGACUCAUCAUGACGAAUGUGACUGCAGCACAUAAGGGGAACUAUACUUGUCAAGCAUCCUAUACAUACUUGGGAAAGCAGUAUCGUAUUACCCGGGUUAUAGAACUUCUCACUCUAGAGGAAGACAAGCCUGUGAAGCCUAUAAUUGUGAGUCCAACUAAUGAGACAAUGGAAGCAAGUCUGGGAUCCAGGCUACAGUUGAUCUGCAAUGUCAGUGGCCAGUUGAGUGACUUUGUCUACUGGAAGUGGAAUGGGUCAUUAAUUGAUGAAGACGACCCAGUGUUGGUGGAGGAUUAUUUGCCAGUGGAAAAUCCUUCAACCAAAAGAAAGAACACAAUCAUCACAGUACUUAAUAUUUCAGAAGUGGAAAGUAGAUUUUAUCUAUAUCCAUUUACCUGUGUAGCCAAGAAUACAGAUGGUAUAAAUUCAGCAUAUAUCCAAUUGAUACAUCCAGUCCCUGAUUUCAAGAAGCACACAAUUGGUGUGUUUGUCAUGUUAACUCUAGUAAUUACAUGCUCUGUUUUCAUCUACAAAAUCUUCAAGGUUGACAUUGUGCUUUGGUACAGGGAUUCUUGCUAUGAUUUUCUCCCUCCAAAAGCUUCAGAUGGAAAGACCUAUGAUGCAUAUAUACUAUAUCCAAAGACCCUUGGGGAAGGGUCCACCUCAAACUCAGAUAUUUUUGUGUUUAAAGUCUUGCCUGAGGUCUUGGAAAAACAGUGUGGAUAUAAGCUGUUCAUUUAUGGAAGGGACGCCUAUGUUGGGGAAGACAUUGUUGACGUCACUAAUGAAAACAUAAAGAAAAGCAGAAGACUGAUCAUCGUUUUGGUCCCAGAGGCAUCAGGAUUGGGCUGGCUGGAGAAUUCAUCUGAAGAGCAGAUAGCAAUGUACAAUGCUUUCAUUCAGGAUGGGAUUAAAGUUGUCCUGCUUGAACUGGAGACGAUCCAAGACUAUGAGAAAAUGCCAGAAACCAUUAAAUUCAUUAAGCGGAAACAUGGGGCCAUACGCUGGUCAGGGGACUUUAGAGAGGGCAUGCAGUCUGCAAAGACAAGGUUCUGGAAGAAUGUCAGGUACCACAUGCCCGUCCAGCGGCAGCCACCUUCAUCCAAACACCAGUUACUGUCCUUGGCCAUGAGACCAGACUCGAAGAAAAAGCUUCAGAGGGAGGUGCAUGUGCCUCUCGGGUAG